CCCCCCGUGCGUCGCGAUGCCUGCAUGGCCUUUUGGACUGUGUUACACAAGCUGUUCUCCGCGGCCUGACCAGCUCGCUAUUCGACGAAUUGGAACGACUGUGAGCAACGUGGGGUCCAGGCAGCGCGACAGUCGUAUGUUAUCUCACCUCGCUGCCGUAGGGCGCACCGCAACUGGCUGUGCCAGGCUACAGGCCGGCACGAGCGCAGCUCGACCCGUUAGCCAAGGCGCUCAAUGGCUCUGCUCUGGGUUGUGGGUGGCUGUUGGGUGCAGAAGAUCAUAUAUCAUCAGAGUGGGGUGUAAUCGCGGUCUUGCCAAACUUCAUACUAAACAAUCGAGAGCUAUUCAACUCGAUGGCUGAUUAUUUCUAUAGCCGUGAAGCAGGCUCGACCAUGAUCCGACCCAGAAGAAACUGGACACCAGAAGAGGAUGUGAUACUCAAACGAGAAGUGAAAAUCGCACAAUCCAAGGGUGACAACGUCAGUUGGCACGAGAUUGCCGCGUUUCUACCGGGGAGAACGAACAAAGACUGCCGCAAGCGAUGGUAUGGCACAGCAGCGGCAAAGGUGAAGAAAGGACCGUGGACAGAAGCCGAGGACGACCGACUGCGCAAGGCGAUUGAACGGCAUGGGACAAAGUGGGCGAUUGUGGCAUCGGCCGUGGGGACCAGAUUGCCGGACCAGUGUUCGAAGCGAUGGAGUCACGCUAUUAAUCCGGAGAUUGAUCAUAGUCCUUGGACGCCGCAAGAGGACCAGAUGCUGAUUCAAAACGUCAACAAACAUGGCCACUACUGGCAGCAGAUCGUCUCGUUGUACUUUCCCGGGAGGACGAGCCUUGCAGCGAAGAACAGAUAUCACAUUCUUCAAAGACGGCUGAAGAACGAUCCAAGUGAUGGGGUCAACAGUGUUCUCGGGGUGGAUGGGUCGAUCGACUUUGGCUCGUGGCAGGAGGUCCUGUGGGAGCACUCGAGGGCAAGCAGCGACCACGACCUCUUUCCGUCCACGUCCAGCGAACCGAUUUUCGACAUUACCCAGGAGACACCUGGCUUCCAAUGCGAUACGACACGCCAUGGUAUUGACUGGCUGUCCAUGCCUUCCAAUGCCCCAGUUUUCGACAUCGACCCAGAGCUCAUGGCACUAUCGAGAAGUGUACCCCAUGCAGCAGAAAUGCCUCUUGACUGCGCAUUCACUGGUAAUGCCUACAACGACAUAAUGCUACAAAACAGGAUAUCCAGCACCUCCUCUCCAAAACUGACUCCCCCAUUCUCUUGUGCCUCGUUAUCCGACAAGGACGCCAGCACACCUUCUAGUUCUGCAGGAACCCAGCGUAAAGUAUGUAUCCAGGCCGUCUGCUCGACCGACAAACUCGGCGCCAUGUUUGAGGCGGUGACAAAGUUUUCCAUUUCCGCGGUCAUCAAGACUGAUGAUUAGGCGUUCCAACUGAGACAUGCAGCGGGGUGUUGGAUAUAUCACGAUUACGACGUUGGAGUUACGCGGUGUUGGUGCCUUUGCCGGGCAGAUGCCUAUCUUUGGAGUUUCGGAUGACUUGGUAUACAUGUUG